UGUCCUAAUGCACAGGUGGCACCAAUUAGGCACUUAGGUCUGGAUCAGACACAUCAGCUCAGCGGCAGAGGAAGUACUGUGUUUUUAAAGAAACUGCAUAUCUAGAAAAUAUAAAAAAAUAAUGUCAUUUUAUUAAUAAUUUUAAUAGAAUAAAAUCAUACAAUUAAUUUGAUUGAAGAUUUAACUCGAUGUGAAGGAAAGAAUAGCUGCAAACAAAGUACCAAUGAGAAGGGCAUAGUUUUAGGUUGAAAAAAAAAUCUGAAUUUAUCAUUAGUUUAAAAAUACAUAUUAUUAAAAGCUAUCCUUCAUGCCUUGGGCCAAGUAAUAAAAAAAAAAAAAAGUAGGAAGUAAAUAAACAAAAGAAGGGUAGUGGGGUAUAGUGUUUCUUUAGAGUGUCAUACAGUAGCCCUCAUCAGUAGCUCUGAGGACCAUGCCUUGUAAGGGGAGCAGCUCAGGUUUGCGCAGGUGGCUGACCUUCACCACGGGCCUGCUGGAGUGUCUGUGUUUCGCUGGAGCCGUGUUCGGAUGGGCCUCUCUUGUCAUCAUCCUCCGGAGUGAAGGAUACUUUAGCUCAUUGUGUGUGAACAACACAGCGGUCAGAGCCACAGGACCGAACAGGACAGUAGUAGCCAGUGAGAGACUGAAAUUCAGCUCUACUGGAGUUAACAACACACAUGCAUUGGAGUGCAGUAAGCAAGAUGAGCACUUUUCUCUUGUGUUCACCAUCACGUCUUUUGCAUCAAACUUUCUGUCCUUUCCCAGCGGGGUCCUCUUUGACUGGGUGGGCACGGCAAUCGCACGGCUCUGUGCCAUAUGUAUCUUCACUUCAGGGACAUUGAUGGUGGCCUUCUCUACACCAGCCCUGUCGGUGCUGCUCUUCCCUGCUCUGUCCCUGAUGGGGGUCGCAGGCAGGAUGUACCUCAUGACCAACCUGCAGGUGGGGAACUUGUUUGGUGCUCGACGCUCCACAGUCAUCACAGUCUACACCGGAGCUUUUGGAUCCUCCUCCCUGCUCUUCCUCAUCAUUAAGUUGUUAUAUGAAGCAGGGGUCCCGCUCCAAUCCUCCUUUCUGUUCCUGUCGGCCUGCAGCGUCUUUCUGGUGUUCAGGACUCUAUUCCUCCUCCCCCUGAAGAGAAUCCCAUACCCACUGCCUGAGCACUACACCUACGGAAUAGUUUGUUGUAAAUCAAACCCUAUGAUGUUGGGACGAAUGGAAACAAACAAUAAUUCCCACACAAUACUGAAUGAAACUUCAGCUGAGGAUAGCACAUCUUUGAACGAAGAGCUGAGUUUCCGUGAGUGUCUGUGGUCCAGUUUCUUUUUUUGGCACUUGCUUUGGUUGUCUGUGAUACAGCUGAGGCAUUAUUUGUUCAUUGGCACACUUAACCCGAUGCUGCAGAGGCUCAGUGGAGAGGACCAGUCAGUUGUGAGCCAAUACAGCAAUGCGUUUGCCGUCACUCAGUUGUGUGGUGUCCUGUGCGCUCCCUGGAACGGUCUCAUCAUGGACAGACACCAGGCCAAGCUAAAAGCUGCUGGGCUUGAAGAUCAUGAGGCAGAACUGCGAGCUGUGAUGCUUUCUCUCACCCUGACGUCUCUGUUCUGUGUGCUGUUUUCGGUUUGUGCCAUGAUCCCUGUUCUGCCACUUCAGUACUUCACCUUUUUCCUGCAGGUUUUAAACCGAGCCUUUUACACUGGCAGUGAUGCAGCCUUUAUCCAUAUCAUUUUCCCGUCAUGUCACUUUGGUAAAGUGUAUGGCCUUAUCAAAGGUCUGUCAGCUCUUCUGUCUCUGCUGCAGUACCCCUGUUUUAUCCUGGUGGAGGACAUCCUCAAUGGGGAUCCCUUAUAUGCAAGUCAACAUUGGUCUCACAGUACUAGUCCUGGUGAUCUUCAUCCACCCUGUGUCUGUGUACAUCUACUGUCAAAGACUUGCUUUAAGACAAAAGCAAAUAAAAGUCAAUACUGUCUCAUGUUAGUCACAAAUGAAGUCUGUAUGUCUGUUACUGCAUAA